AUGACCCUGGGGAUGGUUCGUCAACGAUACUGGGUUCCUCGUGGACGCGCGGUGGUGAAGAAGUGGCUGCACCGUUGCGUGGUUUGCACUCGAUGGCGGGCGACCACUCCCCAGCAGCUAAUGGGCAGCCUUCCACGGGAGAGAGUAACAGCGGGGAGGCCCUUCCUCGACACCGGCGUUGACUACGCCGGCCCAAUUCAGCUGCGAACAACCAAAGGACGAGGCCAGCGGGCCUACAAAGGAUUUAUCGCGGUCUUCGUCUGCCUGUCUACCCGUGCCGUGCACCUGGAAGCGGUGUCCGACUACACUGCCGACGCUUUUCUGGCGGCCUUGCGUCGGUUCGUUUCGCGCCGUGGUCUCUGUCUAACCCUCCGGAGCGAUUGCGGAACCAACUUCGUCGGCGCCGACGCGCAGUUGCGGAGUUUCUUCGCCCCUGGUAGCCCUGAGUUGCAUCGGAUCGUCGGACAGCUUGCCAGCGAUCGUAUUCGGUGGCAGUUCAAUCCUCCGUCGGCGCCUCAUUUUGGCGGAAUUUGGGAGGCUGCCGUAAAGUCCUUGAAGCAUCACCUGCGGCGAGUGUUGGGUGACGCGACCCUAACGUUCGAGGAAAUGAGCACCCUCCACGCCCAGGUGGAAGCCUGUCUGAAUUCGCGACCGCUCCAGGCCUUGUCCGACGAUCCUGAUGACCUCGCCGCCCUCACGCCGGGUCAUUUCUUGGUGGGAUCCCCUCUUACGGCCGUGCCUGAGCCUUCAAUGCGGGAGUUGCCGGCGAACCGCUUGACUCGCUGGCAGCUUCUGCAACAAAUGCGUGACCAUUUCUGGGACCGAUGGUCCCAUGAUAUCAAGCUUCUGAAGAAUAUACAGAAGAAUUUGAAUUCUGGCAAACCUCAUUUAAAAAUUUAUCACGAUAAAACUCAAGAUAUAUCUUUUGACGAUCAUAUUGAAAUUACUCUACCGUCAUCAUCACCAACUAUGUAUAAAUCUGAAAAUGAUUCAUAUGACUCUAAGUAUCCUGUUAUCAAUGAUGUAUUUUUGACCAAAGAUAGCAGUACGAGCGAUAAAAGUGUUGAGCAACAAUAUUCGCCCACUUCUUUAGAAAGCAAUAAAGUAAAUAAUAAAUAUGAUGAAGUAGCAGAUCUUUGUAAUUACAUGGGACAUGCAGAAAAUAUUCACAAGAAAUAUUAUAGACAGCCUAUAGCUAGCAGAGAUAUUUUGCGAAUGUCACAGCUUUUGGAAAAGGCACAAGAGGAUAUUAAUUCAAAUGAGAAGGAAGAGAAAAGCGAUAACGAUAAUUUAGACGAAGAUAACUCAGACAACGACGGAGAAGAUGUUGCAUUUGAUGCAAAUUUACAUGAUUUAAACCAUUACACAACAAGAAAAGAAAACAAAAAAACCGUCAGUGCACAUCAUCCAAAUCAUCAUUUUCAAGUAGCACUUCACAAAGUAGCAGUGACACAAGUUCCAGUGAAUCCUCAUCAGAUG